ACGUUCGAGUCGUCGCUGUCGCGCAGCCUCCAGGCGGAAUCGGGGCAGAAGGUCGAUAAAGUUGCCAAGAAAGCUGAGGCAGUCCAGCAACUUACGGUCGAGCAACUCAACCGGUUUUAGCAGCAACAGGAGUCAUUGGCAUCGAAAACGGCUGAGUACUUGCAGCAGCAGUACGAGAACUAAGUUGCGCUGAACGCCAAACAGACAGCAUUGAGCACGCAGCUCGAGGAGCAGUAGAGGGCACUAGUUGAGCAGUACCAGCUGAUGCGGGAGGCCGCAGAAACAGUGGGACACCAAGGUCGUCAGAUCGAGGAUCUGAAGGUAGAGGUACUUUCCCCACGGGGGCAGAGCCGCUGGGGCUGGUUUGACCGGAGUGCGGGUAGAACUGCUCGUGAAGCUGAUGGUGAUGAAGCUAUGACGAGUGGAGACCUAAGUGAGAGCCGAGUCGAGCCGACAAUCACCAUGGCGACGAGCUCGAACAUGCCGUCGCCUCCUGUGUAUCGAGGAGCCACAAAGAAGGAGAAGAAGGCGUUUAUGGAUAGUUAUCUCAUAUACAAGCAGAGAGUCACCGCGCUAAAUCAGGGUUCGGCUGGAAGGGUUUUUGUGAUGCCCUUGAGCACCUGUAUCGAGCAUCGGACACUAAUCCGAAUUUGUAUGUAUGAGAUUGGUAAAGCCGAGUCGGAAAUCACCGAAGAUGAGUGGAAGUCGUAUUUCCUGGAAGCAAGGCGUUCAGAGGUGCAGGACCCUGCGCGAUUGGCACAGGCCAUGCGGGCGCUGUCCAUGGGUACAUCCCUACCGGAUGCAGAAUCACGUGUGAUGAAACUGGUGACAGACUUUAACGAGAUUCUCGACUCGCAGGAUAUGGAUGACUUCCCGCUGGAAGAUCCCAAAAUGGCAGUGGAGUUUUUGUGUGCGGCCCUGAAGCCUCAAGUCCUCAAGCAGACGGUCAUUACGGAGCUGAAACGCACAGUCCACAAGUCCACUAAGAAGUCGGUAAAGGUGUUUCUGGAUUGGCUCAAGUAUCGAGUAUCGGCGGUUUUGCUUUUUGAGUCCGCAAUUCAGCACACGGUUUCGUCUACCCCAAGCGGAGGUGCUCUAUCGAGCCAAGACAAGACAAAUUUCAAGCCACAGAAUACGCGUAGAAACGACCGGUUUCAACGAGCUCCAGGAGGAGCAGUCUCUAAAGACGCAGUCCCGCGCCGGGGGUCUCCUCCAGGAACGUCGUCGGCUACCAAAGUACCGGGGCAACCACGCAAGUGCUUUAAGUGCGGUGAUGCAACGCACGGGGUGUUUCAAUGUCCGUUGGCGAGUGCCACUGAAGCCAAGGAGCUGUAUGAAAACACCGGAAGCAGUCGAAGACAGUGGGUGCUGUCGCACUAGCUCCCCAAAUUCCUGCGGUACUCAGUAAGGUGCAGACUACUCGCGCGGCGAUCCAGUCUGCUACAGUGUAUGUUUAACGGGGUGGUAGAAGCCAAGGCUAAACCGGACA